AAUAAAUUUUCGAUCAGAACUGUAAAACAGCUGGUCUGGUAUUUCAGUCACUGUUGAUUUUCAGUGAUUUAUUAUUGCAGUCGCUCCAGUAACUGUUUGUGGUCCUGUGUGCAAACCUACGCGUAAUGUGUUGAGUAAAAAUAAGUGAAUUCAUUUGACCGUUCACAAUGAUUUUGAUAAAAUCGUGGCUCGUAGCGAUUAUAUUGUGCAAAUAUUUGGUGCACGGUGACCAGAGCAGCAACAAUGUCGAUGAGAAUGGCAAACUUAUAUUCGUCCAUGUGCUAUUCCGACAUGGUGACCGAACACCGAUCGAUCCGUAUCCAAAUGAUCCCUGGGGCAAUAGAACAUUCUGGCCAGUAGGAUGGGGACAAUUGACGAAUCUGGGCAAACAACAGCACUACAAUCUUGGAAAAUGGUUGCGAAACCGUUACGACAAUCUGAUUUCGGACAAAUACUCGAAGGACACCGUUUUCAUUCGAUCCACAGAUGUCGAUCGCACGCUUAUGAGUGCCGAGGCUGAUCUGGCCGGUUUAUUUCCACCGACGAAAGACCAAUUAUGGAAUCCGAGCAUUCCGUGGCAGCCGAUUCCCGUGCAUACAAUGCCGGAAAAUAUGGACGAAUUGUUGGCGGCCAAAAAAUCUUGUCCUGCCUAUGAUUAUGCUCUGAAGAAAUAUAAAAAGUCCGAAGAUUUUGUCCGUUUGAAUAAGCGCUUUCAGGGACUGUAUGAGUACUUAACGGAGCAUAGUGGCAAGAAGGUUGAUUCGCCAACCGGUGUAAACAAUUUGUACAAUAACUUGUUCAUCGAGGAUCUGUACAACAUGAGUCUGCCCGAAUGGACAAAAAAAGUGUAUCCCGGUGGUGACAUGCAAUGGCUAGCUGCGCGAUCAUUUGCGACGAACACCUACACACCCAAAUUAGCGCGUUUGAAAGUGGGAUUUUUGAUCAAAGAAAUGUUCCAACGAUUUUCCAACAAAAGUGUGUCGCUCUCCAAUCCCAAACAGUCGGUUUGGAUAUACAGUGCUCAUGAUACAACUGUCGCCAAUUUAUUGAACGCACUCGGUCUGUUUGAGUUGCACACUCCGCCAUACACAGCAUGUGUGCUCUUGGAAUUGCGCCUGAAGGACGACGUACCGAUGGUGCAGAUAUUCUACAAAAAUAGCACAAACGAUCCGCAUCCGAUGUAUAUACCGCACUGUGGAAUAUCGUGUCCGUUGGAGAAACUGUAUCAAAUUUACGAUGCCAUCAUCCCGGGGCGAUUUGAGGAUGAAUGCCGGCUGUCGAUUUUGACAAUGACGUAUGAAGAUGCCGAAAUAAAUGCUUCCAUGGGUUUUCUCAUCGGCGGCUGCAUUUUACUGCUAUUAGUCCUAAGCGUGAUUGCCAUUCUGACGUUCAGCCGACGACGAUCCUAUCCGGAUUCGAGAUGGUAUACUCGUAUCGACAGCUAACGCUUACACGAUUUUGACGACUUCACCAUAUAGGAUUGAUAACUGAGCUCGCAGGAAAUUCAUAAGACUUUUAGCCGAAUCAAAGACAACAAAACAAACGAAAAAAGACGAUGGAUCGAUGUACUACCCUUUCCGUACAUUGAUUCCGACUGGUAGACCAUUUUGGCUUUGCAUUUUAUCGAUUUUAUAUUUCCAUUUUGUGUGGUUGUGCGUUUUUUUAAAACCGAAAUUCUUCUUUUUUGUAAUUUUUUUUAAGUUAGUUUUAGUUUCGUUAUUUUUAAUUUAGCAUUAGCAUUGUGAUCGAAAGGAUGCUCAAUUUUUAAUUUAGUUUUUUAAUACUUUUUGUUAGUCCAAUUCAUUUUUUAAUGUGCGAGUGUUUGAAAGACUUUUCCAACGGCAUUUUUUUGACCAGGCCCAAUUUUUAAAUUUCAUUUGUGUUUUGGUAUUUUAAAUAUAGUCAGUCAACCUCGAUGAAUACGUACGCUAAAAUAAUGUGAUCAUUAUAUAAAUACAGUUCAUCAUUGAUGGACAUGGACCCAAUUUACAUAAUCUAUUCCACUAGUCAACACAUGUUUUGCGCACUAAUGGUGGCAUAGUGGGUUGGAUAGGUCUCGGCGCACUGAGUACACGAAACACGCAUCCGUUAGUCUCGAUGAUGCAUGUCCUUCCUCUGCAGCCGCUUCGCAAUUAAUUUUGUUUAAGUAAUUUGAACGGGGCAGUUAUUGGAUCACUUCAUGGUCUUCACUACCACUUUUUAGUACAACAUCUAAGGAAGACAAAAAUUAGUCAUACCUAACUGUAGGUAGUGAAGAGAAGACCCAUAGUGUGGUUAAUUGAAGUCACGGCAUCCUAGACACUCUUUGCAUCAAUAGUUGCCCGGUCUGAUUACUUUUUAAAUUUUUUAGCGGCUGCUUCGGAACCGUAAACGUCAUUAAGACCAGCGGAUGGUUGUUUCUUAUUCAUGGCACCGAGCCUCUUCCAACGCACUAUAUUCUUGCUAUCGAAUUGAUCAUAGAGUAGAAUUGCAACGUCUUUUAAUUCUAGGGGAAGUUGAGGUUUGCUUAUCGUAGAGUGUAAGUUUACUCAUAUCGUGUGCCAAGUUUAUACAUCUAUGUGUCCAUACGAAUCUAUUCUGACUUCGAAUUGAUUUUUCCUUAAUGUGGCCAACCGAACAAAGUACAUAAUGCUCGAUUGAAUCACAGAGAAUUUCCAGUAUUUUUGAAUGAAUGGCCGGGGUUUACUAUAAAACAUUGGUCGGAUGCAAAACCGUCUUGUCAGUCAAAUAUAUAUUUUUUUAAAUUGAAAGCAGUGUCCUAGCAACAAAACGCCUUCUUUGUGCUUUGGAAUCGACUGACGGAAAUACUUUGAAUGAAUUUAUUAAAAAACGCGAUGGUGCGGGAGAUUUCUGUAAAUUUAGUAAAUCGACUUCCAUCGGACCGCGGAUCUUCUUGUAUCAAAAUAAAACAAGAAAAAUGGGAAAGUCACAGAAUGAAAAUGCAUCUCAAAAUUACGCAAUAAUCCGCGAUCAAAUUGGGUUCCAUGAAAUUGUCAACAAUCAAUUGAAUGAAUCGAUAGAAUAGCUAUAAGACCGAUUGUUGGGAAAAUUGUCGGAAAUUACC